CUUUUUGCUGCCCGGCGCUCCCGCAGAGCCGCGCUCGGAGCGGAGCGAGCGGCCGCGCCCGGACAGCGCUCCCGGAGGGGGGACCAUGCCUUCACCGCCGCCGCCGCUGCUGCUGCUGCUGCUGCUGCUGCUGGGGAUGCGGGGCUGGGCUGGCCCCGGCAGGACGGAGCAGGGCUCCGGUGGUUCAUCCGCCCGGGACAUCCCUGCGGGGCAGGGGGGCGGGAGGCUGCGCCGGGGCGCGGAGGACCCCAAGUCGGUGCAGCAGUACGUGCCGGGGGUGCGGGUGGAGUUCCCGCGGCCCCUCGGGCCCGGCAGCCUGCAGCCCACCAGAGCCCUGCUGCCGUCCAGCACCGACCCCUCGGAGCGGCAGCCGGGGGUCCCCACGGACAGCGACAGCGACAGCGACAGGGACAGGGCAGAGCCCCGGGCCAACCUCACCACCGUGCCCGACAGGCGGCUGCAGAUCCACAACCCGCUGUACCCGGUGACCGAGAGCUCCUACAGCGCCUACGCCGUCAUGUUCCUGUCCCUCAUCGUCUUCACGGUGGGGAUCAUCGGCAACCUGUCCGUCAUGUGCAUCGUGUGGCACAACUACUACAUGAAGAGUGCCUGGAACUCCAUCCUGGCCAGCCUGGCUUUCUGGGACUUCCUCAUCCUCUUCUUCUGCCUGCCCGUGGUCAUCUUCAACGAGAUCACCAAGAAGCGGCUGCUGGGGGACGUGUCCUGCCGCAUUGUGCCCUUCAUGGAGGUGUCGUCCCUGGGAGUCACCACCUUCAGCCUGUGCGCGCUGGGCAUCGACAGGUUCCACGCGGCCACCAGCCCGCAGGCCAGCGCGCGGCCCAUCGAGCAGUGCCAGUCCAUCCUCGCCAAGCUGGCCGUGGUCUGGCUGGGCUCCAUGACGCUGGCGGUGCCCGAGCUGCUGCUCUGGCAGCUGGCGCGGGACACGUCGCCCGCGUCGGGGCUGGCGGCCGAGCACUGCGCCAUGAGGCCCUGGGCGCAGCUGCCCGAGUCCAUCUACUCGCUGGUGCUGACCUACCAGAACGCCCGCAUGUGGUGGUACUUCGGCUGCUACUUCUGCCUGCCCGUGCUGUUCACCGUCAGCUGCCAGCUGGUGACGCGGCGCGUCCGCGGCCCCGACAAGGGCGGCGAGUGCCGGGCCGGCAAGCACGGCCAGGGCGAGGGGCACCUCAACUGCACCAUCAUCGCCCUGACCGCCACCUACGCGCUCUGCAGCACCCCCGAGAACGUCUGCAACCUCGUGGCGGCCUACAUGUCCCCCGACAUGUCCAAGCAGACCUUGGAUCUGCUCAACCUCAUCAAUCAGUUCUUCCUGUUCUUCAAGUGCUCGGUGAUGCCCGUGCUGCUGCUGUGCCUCUGCCGUCCCCUGGGCCAGGCCUUCAUGGACUGCUGCUGCUGCUGCUGCGAGGGCUGUGGCCCCGACAGCGCCUCCAGCCAGAGCAGCGCCGACAGCAAGCUCAAAACAGAGAUGUCCUCCUCCAUCUUCUUCGACAAGCCCCGGGAGACUCCCCCACCCCUGCUGGGCCUUGGCACCCCGUGCUAAGCGCCCCUGGGGAGCUGUAGCGAGCAUCUCACCACCUCCUCCCAAGACCAAACGUUGUUUUGCCGUUAGUACUCAUGUCUGGGCGUGGAACGAGCAGAGACAGCUCAGGGGGGCUGCGCCGUGGGCUUCUAACCCAGCAUGGGGCAGGUGGGGCUUGAAAUCCCAGUCCCUGUCACACUGGUGACCCUCCUGCCUCUGCCCAGGGUCAGCGAGGACAGCAGCUCCCUCCUGUCCUGGCUGGGCUCCAUGGGGCUGCUGCUCUGGGGAUGGAAUUGUGCUGGAAAGGUUCCACCUGAAAGCACAGAGGCUGGCCAUGAUGGCUCUCAGAGGACACAGCAAACACAAACUGCCCUCUCCCUGUCCCCUCCCCUCCUGCCAGCCCCUCCACAAGAGGAGAAGGUCCAACUGGCCACACCCCACGGAUUGAAGCCGUGCCCUGUAUGAGCUCAAUAAACCAGUAACCUAGAGCACGUCGUGCUUGCAGCCGCUGCCACUGCUGGGCUGAGCCCUGGGAGCCCCUUGAAAUGCUUUCCCAAAAUCUGGAGGGCUCUGGGGUGGGCAUGGGCAGGGAAGCAGCUGUGCCAGGGUGGGCAAUAGUGAGGGGAGAUGGGGAAAGGCCCCCAGCUCCUUUGCUCCCUCCGUCUGGGGUGAUGCUGAGUGGUGCCUGUGAGAGGGGGCCCCCUGAAGUGUUGGGUUUGGGGUGAUUUGUAGGACUUGAACUGGUCUCAGUAAAGCCCAGCCAGCCCAGCCAGGGCUGAGGCAGCCCCCAGGCUGCUGGUUCCCCGUGUGCACUGGGGGAUUAUGUGGGACCACCGCCCCCAGCACCUCUUGGGGAACCUUGGGGUGAGAGCAUCUCACCCAAACUGCCCCACAGGGCUGCUGGCCUGAACCCCGUGCCCAUUGCAGGACAGGGCGGUUUCGGGGCAUCAGCGUUUCCAAUCCCACAUCCAUCCCUGCAGGGCAGGGGGCAGCAGGACGGCUCUGCCCGAGGGCAGGCUGGCCGGGCAGCCGUGCCGCGGAGCUGUGAGGGCUCCUUGUCCCGGGCUGGCAGCCGGCCCAGCGCAGCCGCAUGCCGGGGCGAGGGCCGGGGUUGCCGCGGCACUGGGAGCUCAGAGCCGCCUUUGUGCCCAGCGCCGCCGCGCGCUCCGCUCUCCCAGCCCCGUUGCCACGGAAACAAAAGCCCCAGUUUUCUUUGGAGAGCACAAAAGUGGGUUUUUCCUUUCAUCCUCCUCGCCUCGACCCCGUGCUGGGCCCCACGGUUUGGGAGGAGAGGGGUCUGAUCUCGGGGGGCUCAGAGCCCCCUGCGUGCCCAGGGGUGAGCGGGGUCCCUGCGGGUCUGGGGGCUCUGGGGGUGGGGAGGGGGGCACCUCUCAUGUGCCUGGUCCACACUGCUCCAUCCUGAGCCUGGGCCAAGGGUGAACAAAGCCUGGCUUGUGCUGCAGAGCGUGGGGAGGGGCAGGGGCAGCACUGUCCCCACGGGCUGCAGCCCCACAGCAGGCACAGCCCCCACGGGCAAUGGCCUGGGAGGCACCUCCAAAGCACAGGGGGCAGGGGGAGCAGCAGAGGGCACAGCCCCCAGCAGUGAGCACUGCAGGCCCCCCAAACCCAUUGCAACAGUUCUGGGACACAACAGGGGCAGAGGAAGGUCCAGCAGCAAUGAUGGCCAUGGAUGGAGUGUCUGAGCUGGUCUGGGCACCCAGGGCAAGGCAACAAGGCAUCUGGAACCACCAGAGGUGUGAGCACCACACAGGUGCCCAGUGCCACCCAGGGGACAGGGACCUCCCUCCCUCCCAAAGGAUGGGUGGCAGAGAUGGUGAGGAAGUAACACCAUUGCAACCACGCCCAGCCACGCCCCCAACGC